AUGUCGAGUGUUCGCUUAAUUUAUCGUCAACUCUUUAUUCCAAAGAGUAAUGACUUGAUAAGGCGAACGAUUAUUCACAGGACGUAUACAACAGAACCUCAAUCUGAUGGUGAAAAAUACCUGCACAACAAAUUGACUGAAAAGUUUCAACCAACGAGACUCAGUGUUCAAGACAUCUCAGGAUUUAACUGUGAGAUUCUUGGUUUAACGGGAUUGUUAGGUGGUUGUGGCUCCAUGUAUUCUAUUGACAUUGCAUCAAAGGCUUUCGAAGGUCUCCCAAUAGUUAAACAGCAUCGGAUGAUAAAUGAAUAUCUUGCAGAAGAUAUUAGAAAGAUGCACGGCAUUCAAUUGAAGACUUCUGUGGAGUGA